CCCAAACACUCCCUUUUAUUCUCUAUCUCAUCACACUCCACAAGUGCUUUUCCAAAAAGUAAAAAAAAAACAAAAAAUGAUCCCAAUAGCAAGUCUUUUCCUAGCCACUUUGCUCCUCACUGCUUCACUUGGCAUCUCAGCCCGACCCGGAUCAGAUGGACCCUUCUCAGCUGAGCUUAAGCACUCAAAGGACAAAGGUGGUGCUGCUACUGGUGGCGGCAAUGGUGGCUUUGGCGGGUUUGUCCCGCCAGGGUUUGACAUACCCGGGUUCGGAAAGGGGUUCGGAAACGGCGUAGGUGGCGGGUAUGGAGGAGGGUAUGGAGGUCCUAUUGGAGGGCAUUCCAAGGGUGGAACUGUGAGGACUUCUCUUGUGUGUAAGGAAAAGGGUCCGUGCUACAAGAAGAAGCUGACGUGCCCUGCUAAGUGCUUCACUUCCUACAGCCGGUCAGGGAAGGGUUAUGGCGGCGGUGGCGGAGGCGGCGGGUGCACUAUAGAUUGCAAGAAGUGUACUGCUUACUGCUAGAGGAAUAGGCUGCUCCCGUUCCUUUUGUUAUGGUACUGCAGCCGGUAGCCGGUAAUAUAGUUACUAUAAUUAGUAUGGUUAUGCAUGUGAUGUGAUGUAAACCUACGAUAUAUAUGUCAUUUUGCUUUAUCUAAGAAUAAUGUUCUCUUGCCCCUCAA